AUGUCAAAAAUAAUUAGUGAAAUAUAAAAUUAAAUAGUAGAAGAGAAAACAUCUUCUUCUAUGGAUAUAUGCUACAACAAUUUGAGCUACUCAAUAGUUUAGAAGUAAAAGGAAAGGAUCAUUUUGAACAAUAUUUCUGGUAAAUUUAGUAAAGGUUUGAAUGCAAUAUUAGGAGGAUCUGGUGCUGGUAAAACUUCUCUCUUAAAUAUUUUAUCUAAAAAAAUAAGCUCUGAAAAGCAAAAAAUUUAAGGAAAAAUAACUUUGAAUGGUGUAGAAUAUGAUAAUUAAAUGUUUCAAAAAUUUGCUUGUUAUGUAAUGUAGGAAGAUAUAUUAUUACCAACUCUCACUGUUAGAGAAUAUUUAGAGUUUGCAGCCAAUCUAAAGCUAAAACAUCUAAGCUAAUAAGAUAGACUUUAACAAGUAACAAAAAUAAUAAAAUUGCUAAUGCUUUAAAAGUGUGAAAAUACUUUAAUAGGUGAUCAUUUAAAUAAAGGAAUUUCAGGUGGUGAAAAAAAGAGAGUUUGUAUUGGAAUUGAGCUACUUAGAAACCCAAAAGUAUUAUUUUUGGAUGAGCCAACAAGCGGAUUGGAUUCAUUUACAGCUUACAUGAUUAUAAAAAUGCUGAAAGAUUUUGCAUAUUAAGAAAAUCGAACUAUUAUAUUUACUAUUCAUUAACCAUCUUCAGAUAUAUGGGAACUUUUUGAUUAGGUUACUUUAUUAGUGGAAGGAAAAUUUAUUUACAAUGGACCCAGAAAAGAAACAGUUGAUUAUUUUACAAUUAAGGGAUUUUCUUGUCCUAAAUAUUCUAAUCCCGCAGAUUAUUUAAUGAAUCUUAUGUAAUCUAGAGACUAUGAUAUUUACAAAAAAUUAUGGAUAUAGGAAGAAAAUAAAUAAGAGGAUAAUUCAAUUCAUUUAUCUAUUUUAUAAAAAAGGGAUUAAUAAAAUAAUUAUAAUUCAUAAAAAUAAAAUAAUAUAAAAGAUUUCUUUUAUGCUUUAAAGAUUUUAACUAAACGUUAAUUACUAAAUUUAAAGAGAAACAGAAUUCUUUUAAAGGCUAGAUUUUUUUAAUCUCUUUUUAUGAAUGUAUUUUUAGGUUUAAUUUACCUAGACUAAAGUAGUAAAACAAGUACUCCUUAGGAUAUUUUACAAAUUUGCAAAUCAAUUCUUCUUAUUGGAUUAGGAAGUUUUUUUUCAAGUAUGAAUCCUUAAACAUUGGCUUUUUCUUCAGAAAGGGCUGUUUUCCUUAAGGAAGAAAAUUCUAAAAUGUAUACAACAUUAAACUACUAUAUAUCAAAGACACUUCCAGAAAUAUUUGUAUGCUCUUGGUUUGGAUUAUAAGUAUCAUUGAUUUGCUAUUUUAUGUAUGGUUUCGGGGGAGAUGCAUCUAAUUUUUUCUUUUUUGCUCUUAACUUCAUGCUCAUAAAUAAUAUAGGGAGCUCAAUAGGUGUACUUUCUUGUUGCUUAUUUGAGUAAGCUAGUAUAGCAGUUUCUUUUUCUAUUACUUUUAUGAUGCCUUAAGUCUUAUUUUCAGGAAUAUAUAAAAAUGUUAACGACUUACCUGCAUAUGUUUCUUGGUGUAAAUACCUCACUCCUACAUUUUACUCAACAAAUGCAAUAGUAAAUGAUUAAUUUGAAGGGAAAAACAUUCCUUUUAAUCCAGUAGAGUAGCUUCAUUAUGAUUUUAAUAAAUGGCUUAGUAUAUUGAUUUUGAUUUUACUCUAUCUAGGAAUUAACUUAAUUUCCUUCUUAUUACUUUAAUACCGUAGAAGAGCUUUGCAAUGA